AUCAGAUCUGAUUCUCUUUUAUGUAUGUGUAGUGUAGCUCAGUGCUGUUGCUGGAAUUUGUUCAUCUUCGGGUGUUCUACUCUUUUGUGUGUACAGAAUGCCUCGGUAUUACUGUGACUACUGUGAUACUUACUUGACACAUGAUUCUCCUUCUGUUAGAAAGCAGCAUAAUGCAGGGUACAAACACAAGGGAAAUGUUCGAACUUAUUAUCAACAAUUUGAGGCACAACUGAAUCAAAGUCUAAUUGAUCAAAAAGUCAAGGAACAUCUAGGGGCCUUUAGACCAGUUGGCCUUCCUUUUCCUCAGCUAAGGCCUGGUCUUCCUGGUCUUCCAACUCCUCCAAUGCAGAUGCCCGGCAACCCUCAAAUGCCAGCUGGUGCCCAAUGGGUCCCUGGUAUGCGGCCUCCGGUGCUUCCUAGGCCCAUGCCCGGUCUUCCAGGUUAUGCACCUCCACCAAUGCCUCAGAUGUUGGCACCUCCCGGUGCUCCUAUGCCUGGUCAAGUCAAUAAUAUGCAAAGACCUGCCGGUCCACCAAGUGCAGUUCCAGGAAGUAUGGGAAUGCCUGCUCCUACUGGUGGCCCUCCAAUGUUUGCACCACCUCCCGUGUAUCAAGGAAGUACCACUGUGCCAACAACCGGAGGAGUUGAUAAUUCCAGUACCAACGCUCAAGCUGCCGACUCUAACCAAUAGGCCAGUCUAUGUACAUAAAAUCCAGAUGCUACCGUCCUGAAGCUAUUCUUGAUCCUGGCUUCAACAUGUUUUCUUUUCUUUGUUGUGAUGUUAACUGCUAGAAAUCCAUGAUAUGGUUAGAUGUAAGGUUUAUUUCUGGGAAAGAAACUGGUCAGGGAAGAGAGAGACAAAUUCAUUUACUCGGGGAAGGUUUUUGGCUAAGCAACAUUGAUUGUACCUUUGAAAUGUUUGUAUGGUAUUUAUUUAGUUCAGUGAAACUAUUUUGAACUCU